AUGUCGUCGUCACGCAAUUUACAACGACGCUUUAAUUCCCACGCGGGAACAACGUCUCAUUCCGACUCUCUCACCGACGACGAGGACCGAAGCUACCAAGCCACAAGCUCCGAGUCUGGUGGACAAGACGAGAGUUAUUCUGACGAAUACGACGACGAAGGCGAUCUCGGCCCCGAAGACUCGGCUUCUGUCAGCCCUCACCGGUCCUACCGCCCUCAGGCACCUCGAGCCGCGUCUCGUUACCACCAGCUGCCUCACCGCCCCGCCUCAUACGGUGCACCGUUUCGGCCCGGUUCAGCGCCGAACCCCCCAGACAGCGUGGAGCCUACCGAGGAAUAUAACCCCUCCUACGCCCACCGCGGCGGCUACGGCGGUCAUGCGCCUCCGACUGCUCAUGCGGGGCACCCGGGCCACGGAGGGCAUGGAGCUCACAAUCCUUACUUCGGCGGUCGUGGCCACCCGCAAGGAGGCUUCCCGCAAAGUCACGUAGGCGGUUUCAUGGGCGGCAGUCCCUAUGGGGCUCCUCCCAAUCACAACACAAUGGUCCCCUACGGCUAUAAUCCUCACAACCCUUUUUCACCAUUGUCUAACGGAAGCGGCGAGAGCUAUUUCGGCGGGCCUCGCAACUCUCAAUAUGACAUGAUGCCGUACAACCAACCUCAGCCGCCAGCCUUUUACGGCCCGGGAGGCUAUCAGAUGCCCCAACAUAUGGCCCAAUUUCUGUAUUCCCAGCCUGCGCCUCCACCGCCGCCUACGGAGGUUGCACCGCCCAAAACACCUGGGCCUGUCGCCCCGCCCUCGCCUCCGAAGCCAGAUCCGGAGAAAAUCAAGUUGCAAGAACAGAUAGAACUCUUCAAAGCAGAGCAAGCGCGAAAGGAGGAGGCAGAAAGGCGGCGAGAGCUGGAGGAGAAGAUCCGCAAAGAUGCUGAAGAUGCGAUUGCACGACGCAUGGAAGAGAUGAGAAAGGCGCAAGAGGAGGCAAGAAGGGACAUUGAAAGGGCCAAGAAGGAGGCUGAGCGAGCUGCCCGCGAAGCUAUCGAAGCUGAACGCAAGGCCGAAGAGCAGAGACAGAAGCUACACCAAGAGGCCAUGGCCCGAGCCGAGCGCGAGGCGAGAGAAAGGUAUGAAGCUGAACUCAAGGCCCAGGCCGAGGCGAAGGCCGCUGAAGCUAAGGCUCGCGCCGAUGCUGAGGCAGCCGCUCAGCUGAAGUUUGAGUUGGCGAUCAAGGCUCAGGAAGACGCCAGAAUUGCCGCCGAGAAGAAGGCGAUAGAAGCAGCAGCAGCCAAGGCCAAGUAUGAGGCAGACAUGAAGGCAGAGGCUGAGAGAGAAGCCCGUGAAAAGCUUGCGGCGGAGAAAAAGGCUGCCGAAGACGCAGCAGCGGCCAAGGCCAAGUACGAGGCAGAAAUGAAGGAAAAAGCUGAGAGGGAGGCCCGUGAAAAGAUUGCGGCGGAGAAGAAGGCCGCCGAAGACGCAGCAGCAGCCAAGGCCAAGUACGAGGCAGACAUGAAGGAGAAGGCUGAGAAGGAGGCCCGCGAUAAGAUCGAGGCAGAGAAGAAGGCGGCUGCCGAUGCUGCCGCAGCAAAGGAGGCAUAUGAGAAAGAAAUGAAGGACAAGGCCGAAAAGGAGGCCCGCGAUAAGCUGGCAGCCGAGGCGAAAGCGGCAGCUGAUGCCGAAGCCGCAGCCGCCGCCAAGAAGAAGGCUGAAGAUGACCUAAAGGCAAAGGCAGCUGAAGAGGCCAAGGCUAAGUUCGAGGCCGAUUCCAAAAGUGUCAAGGACAAGCUGCCGAUCAAAUUCAAGGAUGCCGUGGGUCGAAAGUUCAGCUUUCCCUUCCACAUUUGUGCUACUUGGACGGGUAUGGAAGAGCUUAUCAAGCAAGCCUUUUUGCAUGUGGACAUUAUCGGACCACACGUGCAGGAGGGCCACUAUGACUUGAUUGGCCCUAACGGCGAGAUCAUUCUCCCUCAGGUCUGGGAGAAGGUAGUUGAGCCUGACUGGACCAUUGAGAUGCGCAUGUGGCCGAUGGAAAAGGCGCAGCCCAACCCCCCUCCGGGAAUGUUUCCCCCAGGCAUGAGGCCGCCUCAUGGAGCUCAUGGGCUCCCACCGAGACACGCACACGGUCAACCGCGGCCCGUGUCAAUGCCAAUGCCGGGCGGUCGUCCGGGCGGCGGCGCACCAUUUCCUCCGGGCUGGAACGGCGGCCGUGGGGCUGUGCCGCCGCCCCCGCCACAUAUGGCAGGCGGCGCGGGUCAUGCCCGUGGUGGUCCUGCCCCUGAAAUUAUCAACGUCAGGCCUGGCCCCGAGAAGAAACGUCAAUCCAAGUCGCAGGGAUCCAUGCUCAGCUGGAUGGCUGGUAAGCCGCCCAAGAAGAAGAGCGGCAAGAAGGGCUAG